CAACUUUCGUCAACGGAAGCUUGGCGAGUGGGGGACGCACAUCUGCCACUCGGUAGUGCCUAACUGGUAAAACAAAUGUUCAGAACUAAUAUCCAACAAGGAUGACCGGGUAUAUAUCAUUUACAGAUGAGCUGUGAAAACAGCCACAGACAGAGAGAAUACACUGGGAUGGAGGAAUGUCCUCUCGCGGUGACACACUAUAGCCACACCUGAUUUCUGAGUGCUGAAGGCAGUGCUUGAAUUGAUUCAAACUCAACUACAAUGACUACAAAUUUCAACGACAUCGUCAAGCAAGGCUAUGUUCGUUUAAAGAGCGGGAAAGUUGGACUUUUCAAAAAGAAAUGGCUUGUUCUAAAGAAGGCCUCAAGCACGGGUCCAAGUCGCUUGGAGAGGUAUGAAGAUGAAACAUCGGCUAAGUAUGGCGUGAACAAGAAAGAUAUAUCUUUGGGCGGAGUGGAAGAUGUGAGUCGACUACCAAGCGAUAUCCGCAAAUGUGCCUUUGCUGCUCGUUACUCCGACAACACCUCACGCCAGUUUCUGGCAGAUUCUGAUAUUGAGGCUGAUCACUGGGUGAGCAAACUCAGACACGUGCUCUUCAGUCGGUGUUCUCCCAGCGGAAAUGAGCCAGAUGUCGUUACCUCAGGUCUGGAGUUAGAUUUAAAAAAUAUUUACCAUGUGUGCCUGUUGCCCUCCACCAAGCUGGACUUUCAUGGUGAGUGUCUGAUGCAGGUUACCUGUGAGAGCAUUCACCUGUUUGACUGUGACGACCCCACUAAGCGCCUCAUUACCUGGCCCAUCCGCUCACUGCGUCGUUACGGACAGGACCACGGCAAGUUCACCUUUGAGGCUGGCAGGUCGUGCGACACAGGGGAGGGGAUGUUUGGAUUUUCUAGUCAACACUGCCAGAAGAUCUACAACCAAGUAAACGACAAUGCCCAUGCCAUAGCCGGUCUCAGUGCCCCACCAUCUCUGCCAGCAAAGGCACCCCCCAAAAGAAGUCUGUCUUCCAGCUCAGACAGACAUUCCAUCAACUCAAAUUCUGCCUAUUAUGGAGGUGCAUACCAAGCCCGACCUCCCCGAGGAAGACCUUUACCUCCUCCACCUGCAGACAAAGAAUGACUCACCUGUCUCACCUGAUUACAUAUGUUACAGGAUAGUGAAAUUGUCCGAGUGCAAGUGAAGAAAUUUGGAUAAAUUUUGUAAUCACAUAUAUUUUUUCACAUGACAUACUGUACGUAUACCGGAAUUUUUUGUAUAUCAGUAUAUUGAAACAAAGUCAUGUAACAUUCUCUUAUGACAGGAAGAGCAUAUUUGUAACUUGAAAUUUAAUGUGAGAAUAAUGGGCUACCUUUUCCUAUGCAGUGUGGACUCUGGUCCAAGCUCCAUUGACUGCACAGCAUAGGUUCAAAUGACUUCAGCUAGGCUGAUCAACAGACUACUCUGCAUAGGCCUGAAUGACUUUAGCAAGACUGAACAACAGACCACACAGCAUAGGCCUAAAUGACUUCAGCAAGACUGGACAACAGACUGCACAUCAUAGGCCUUAAUGACUUCAGCAAGACUGAACAACAGACUACUCAUUAUAUACCCGAAUGACUUCAGCAAGACUGGACAACAGACUGCACAUCAUAGGCCUUAAUGACUUCAGCAAGACUGAACAACAAACUACUCAUUAUAUACCCGAAUGACUUCAGCAAAACUGGACAACAGACUGCACAGCAUAGGUCUGAAUGAUUUCAGCAAGACUGGACAACAGACUGCACAGCAUAGGCCUGAAUGACUUCAGCAAGACUGAACAACAGACCACACAGCAUAGGCCUUAAUGACCUCAGCAAGACUGGACAACAGACUGCACAGCAUAGGCCUGAAUGACUUCAGCAAGACUGAACAACAGACCACACAGCAUAGGCCUGAAUGACUUCAGCAUGACUGGACAACAGAUUGCACAGCAUAGGCCUGAAUGACUUCAGCAAGACUGAACAACAGACCACACAGCAUAGGGCUGGAUGCCUUUUUUAAGAAUGUUUAAUGACAAACUUUGUGUGGGUGCCAAAGUGACCCACAUUGUCAAAUAGAUCUUCCAUUUAACAUUUGAUACAUUUUUACAUUUUUAUAAUACUGUAUAUUUUACACAAAAAUAUCUUGUUACUAAUUUAAUACAUUCUGUCAACUUGCAACAUUGUGUGUAAAGUGUUUCACUGGGUGCUAACAGUUCUUUAUACCACAUUUGAUUUUUGUUCUGUUUUUUGUUUUUUGUUAGCAGUGAUCAUAAUACACAUUCAGUUGUCCCAUGGAUCUUUGUGUUGUAAAUUUGUGCUUCUGAUGUUGCAUGCAUUGUACAUGUAUAUAAAGACUGAAAUCCAAAUGUUACUUUUGUUCUUGUUUUCAAUAAUAUGGUCUUACAGAUCAUAGAUUAGAUCACAAGUGGUAUAUUUUCGAUAUAUUUUCUGAAAAAUAUACACCUUUUGUCAUUGCUCCAUUAGCUAAUUAUGGAAUUUGGUGAUCAUUCCGUUCUUUUUUUGCAUGUUAUGUUCAAUGCAUUUCUAUUACAUAGGUACUGUUUCUGUAUAAAUGAUACCUAGGAAAUCUGAUACAUGUAGGUUGUCACAGUUGUAAGUUCAUAUUAAGCUACAGGCUGUCUUUGUCUUGCAAGAAUCAGGAAAUAACUUAUAUCAUUCUUGUAUUUUUGUUGUAUAUUUUAAUGGCUUUACUUAACUUCUUCAAAAAUAGUAGAUAUAGCAGGCUGUUAUUGCAUACCAGUAUAUGUGGAAAGAUGUAUUUCAGCUAUGCUUUUCUUACACUGAGAACAAGAGUUCUCAGUAUAUAUAUAUGGAGAUUUGACUUAAAGCUUUACCAUGCAGACGGCUAUAUGGUACAUAUUUAUAUAGUUUUCACACAAUGUACAUGUACUUAUAUUUUAUGUGACAUUAAGCAACACAACGUUAUAUGUGACAAAAUAAACAAACUUUGGUUGACUGAAGAUCUCAUUCCUGUCUCUGUGUUGUCUUAUUUUGUAUGAAAGGCCAAUAUAGGAAGGUUUCGUACAUUAUCUUUAUUUAAAAAAAGGCACUUUAAUUUUACCUCUAAACUUCUCCUAUACUGCAAUUACACCUCUUCUGGACAGAAUAUAAGUACACAGCUGUGAAAAUUAAGUGGGCACCAGUGAGUUGUAACUGCAAGGGGGUUUCAUGCCACUGGACUGAGUGAACAAGGGUGUGUUGUGACUGGGUUGAGUGUUCAUGUCACUUGAUGGAGUGAGUACCUGUGUGCUGUGACUAGGUGGGGUGUUCAGGUCACUGGACAGAGUGAGGACCAGUGUGUUGUGACUGGGUGGGGUGUUCAUGUCACUGGACUGAGUGAGGCUGGUAUUGUGACUCAGUGAGGUGUCCAUGUCACUGGAUAAAAAGAGCAAUGCUGUGCUGUGACUGGGUGAGGUAUUCAUAUCACUGGACAAACAAGCACCUGUGUGCUGUGCUUAGGUGGGGUGGUCAUGUCACUGGACAAUCUGCCUGGGCAGGGUGUUCAUGUCACUGGACAAGGUGAGGACUGGUGUGAUGUGACUGAGUGGGGUGUUCUUGUCACUGGAUUGAGUGAGCAAAAGAGUUUUGUGACUGGGUGGGGCGUUCAUGUCACCGGACAGAGUGAGGAGCAGUGUGAUGUUACUGAGUGGGGUGUUCAUGUCACUGGAUUGAGUUAGCACCGGUGUACUGUGACUGGGUGGGGUGUUCAUUUCAUUGGACAGAGUGGGCACCUGUGUGCUGUGAUUGGGUGGGGUGUUCAUGCCACUGGACUUAGUGAGGACCAGUGUAAUGUGACUAGGUGGGGUGUCCAGGUCACUGGAUAGAGUGAGCAUGGGUGUGCUGUGACUGGGUGGUGUAUUGACGUCACUGGACUGAGAAAGCACCCACGUGCUGUGACUGGGUGGGGUGUUCAUGCCAGUGGACAGAGUGAGCAAUGGUGUGCUGUGAUUGGGUGGGGUGUUCAUGUCACUGGACUGAGUGAGAAAAGGUGUGCUCUGACUGGGUGGGGUGUUUGUUCAUGUCACUGCACUGAGUGAGCAAAGAUGUGAGGUGACUGGGUGAGGUGUUCAGGUCACUGGAUAAAAAGAGCAAUGCGGUGAUGUGACUGGGUGAAGUAUUCAUACCACUGGGCACACAAGCACCUGUGUGCUGUGCUUAGGUGGGGUGAUCAUGUCACUGGACACAUGCCUGGGCAGGGUGUUCAUGUCACUGGACAGAGUGAGGAUCGGUGUGUUGUGACAGGAUGGUGUGUUCAUGUCACUAGACAGAGUGAGGAUCGGUGUGUUGUGACAGGGUGGUGUGUUCAGGUCACUGGACACUGAGGAGCGGUGUUUUGUGACUGGAUGGGGUGUUCAUGUCACUGGAGAGAGUUAGCAUGGGCGUGCUGUGACUGGAUGGGGUGUUCAUGUCACUGGAAAGAGUGAGGAGUUGUGUUUUGUGACUGGAUGGGGUGUUCAUGUUACUGGACUGGGUGAGCAAAGGUGUGCUGUGACUGUGUGGGGUGUUCAUGUCACUGGAGAGAGUUAGCAUGGGCAUGCUGUGACUGGGUGGGAUGUUCAUGUCACUGGACUAAGUGAGCAAAGGUGUGCUUUGACUGGGUGGGGUAUUCAUGUCACUGGACUGAGAAAGCACCCAUGUGCUGUGCUUAGGUGGGGUGGUUAUGUCACUGGACAGGGUGAGGACCAGUGUGAUGUGACUGAGUGGGGUGUUCUUGUCACUGGAUUGAGUGAGCAAAGGUGUGCUGUGAUUGGGUGGGGUGUUCAUGCCACUGGACUCAGUGAUGUGAUGUCCAGGUCACUGGAUAGAGUGAGCAUGGGUGUGCUGUGACUGGGUGGUGUGUUGAUGUCACUGGACUGAGAAAGCACCCAUUUGCUGUGUGAGGACUGGUGUGAUGUGACUGCGUGAGGUGUUCAGGUCACUGGAUAAAGUGAGCAAUACUGUGCUGUGACUGGGUGGGGUAUUCAUAUCACUGGACAGACAAGCACCUGUGUGCUGUGCUUAGGUGGGGUGGUUAUGUCACUGGACAGGGUGAGGACUGGUGUGAUGUGACUGAGUGGGGUGUUCUUGUCACUGGAUUGAGUGAGCAAAGGUGUGCUGUGAUUGGGUGGGGUGUUCAUGCCACUGGACUCAGUGAUGUGAUGUCCAGGUCACUGGAUAGAGUGAGCAUGGGUGUGCUGUGACUGGGUGGUGUGUUGAUGUCACUGGACUGAGAAAGCACCCAUUUGCUGUGACUGGGUGGGGUGUUCAUGCCACUGGACAGAGUGAGCAAUGGUGUACUGUGACUGGGUGGGGUGUUCAUGUCACUGGACAGAGUUAGCAUGGGCGUGCUGUGACUGGGUGGGGUGUUCAGGUCACUGGACAGAGUGAGCAACGGUGUGCUGUGACUGUGUGGGGUGUUCAUGUCACUGGACAGAGUUAGCAUGGGCGUGCUGUGACUGGGUGGGGUGUUCAUGUCACUGGACAAAGUGAGGAUCGGUGUGUUUUGACUGGAUGGGGUGUUCAUGUCUCUGGACACAGUGAGGAGCUGUGUUUUGUGACUGUCAUUCUGUUUUUGUCACUGGAUUGAGUGAGCAAAGGUGUGCUGUGACUGGGUGGGGUGUUCUUGUCACCGGAUUGAGUGAACAAAGGAGUUUUGUGACUGGGUGGGGCGUUCAUGUCACCGGACAGAGUGAGGAACAAUGUGAUGUUACUGAGUGGGGUGUUCAUGUCACUGGAUUGAGUUAGCACCGGUGUGUUGUGGCUGGGUGGGGUGUCUGUCACUGGACAGAGUGAGGACCGGUGUUAUGUGUCUGGGCGGGGUGAUAUGUGCCUGGGCGGGGUGUUAUGUGCCUGGGUGGGGUGUUAUGUGCCUGGGUUCAUGUCACUGGACUGAGUGAGGACCGGUGUUAUGUGUCUGGGCAGGGUGUUAUGUGCCUGGGCGGGGUGUUCAUGUCACUGGACUGAGUGAGGACCAGUGUGAUGUGACUGGGUGGUAUGUUCAUGUCACUGGACUGAGUGGGGUGUUCAUGUAACUGGACUGUGAGAGCAAACUUGUGAUGUGACUGGGUGGGAUGUUCAUGUCACUGGACAGAGUAAGCGAACAAGUGCCUCUUUUUGUUAUUCAAUACCUGUUACCAAUUACUAAUUCUUCUUACCAAUGCUUUACCUGAUACAUGUAGCUCUACAUCACUCUACCUUUGCUAACACUCAGGUAGAGCUAUACAGCAUUGUAUUUAAUUUUCUUAGAGUAGUUCCAGAGUUCUGUUGCCUGGCACCUCAGGCACUUAUCUUGCGUGUACCACAAAAGUACAGACCUCUACAAAAAUGCAAGCUACAAUUUUGCCGGCCACACCUU